AUGGCUUCAUCUUCCUCACUACUCAUGUCCUUGUUCUUACUACUUGUCAUCCCUUCAUCAGUUCUCUCAGCCACUCUUAGAUCUGAUAUUCAAGCUCUAGAGUCUAUCAUACGCAGCAUUGAUCCAAGUUCCAUCUCACCAUCCUCUUACCUCAGCACAUGGGACUUCUCUGAGGACCCUUGUGAAGGCUCAGGGACGUUCUUGGGAGUUAUGUGUUCUUUCACUCUUGAGAACACGACCAGUAGAGUCACAGAGAUCGACCUAGACGAUGAUGGUUAUGAUGGUUUCCUCUCUGAAGCAAUAGGGAACCUCACCGAGCUCACUGUACUUAGCCUCAACAACAACAGGUUCCGUGGUCCAAUACCAGAAACUGUCUUCCAGCUCAGGAAACUCACCAAGCUCUCUCUCUCCGGAAACUUCUUCACCGGAGAUAUAACCCCAGGAAUCACCAAGCUCAAGGAGCUCAAAACCAUAGACCUCUCCAAGAACAGUAUCGCCGGUGAGAUACCUCCAAGGAUCUCAGGCUUGAGAAGUUUGACUCACCUGAUCCUAUCAAACAACCAUAUAGACGGAAGAAUACCUUCGCUCAACGGCUUGUGGAAGCUACAAGUGUUGGAACUCGGUAACAAUCAUCUUUUCGGAAUGCUUCCUAAGCUUCCCACAAGCCUAAGAACUCUGUCCCUAUGUUACAAUAGCCUUGCAGGACGUAUAUCUCCUUUGCAUAGGCUGAAACAUCUUGUGUCAUUAGAUGUGAGCCAGAACAGAUUCUCAGGCACCAUUGGCCAUGAAAUCUUAACGUUUCCAGAGAUUUCACGCAUCAAUGUGUCUUUUAACCAGUUCAUAUCCAUAGAGGUUAUUCAGGUUAUAGGCAUGGAAACGCACCUGCGCAUCCUUGACGCUGAAGGAAACCAUUUACAGGGACCCCUUCCACUGAACCUAGCAACUUAUGGAAACUUGAAGGACAUCAAUCUAAGAAGCAACAUGUUCUCAGGAGAUAUUCCAAGGAUUUAUGGGAAAAGACUUGAGAAUUCAUGGAGGAGCUUGUACUUGGAGAACAACUACCUGACAGGUACACUUCCUGAGGAGUUUCAGAGAGUCUCCAAGCAGAUCAAAGGAAGCCUUUCUAAUAACUGUCUACAGUGUCCAAAGAAUGUUACAAUCUGCCAAGGAGUACAAAAGCCGAAAUCACAAUGCACCAAUGCAAUGCAGAAAGAGGGCUUGGAGUAG